AUGGACACGGAUCUGCAUGUUCGUUUAGAUCGACGUUCUGGACAUAGUCGAAGUGGAAAUUUUGAUGCAUCGAUCUCUCAUACCGCGAGGUCUAGAAUCGACUCGAGAUCAAUUUCUUUUGCGUCGGAUUCGCAUUUCGUGAAUGGCAAUGAUAAUGCCGGUUUUAGAGCAUCAGGGCCGGAUGUACGAAUUUCGAAUCAGGAACUGUCUUCCUCGCAAUCGUUCCGGAAUUCCCAGGAUAGUUUGAGUCCUGAUGCGAAUCAUCCAGAUGUGGAGGGGGGGAUGAUGAUCAGAAGCAGGGACAGAAGAAAGUUAAAGCUCCAAGAUUGUAUCAUAAGAAAUCGAGGAACGGGUGUCAAAGAUUGCGAUGAAACCAGGCCUAUCUGUAAUAAUUGUAUAAGGCAUAGGUUAGGAUGCGUCUACACAAAACCACCACCGCCACUACCCCCAGCGGCAUCAUCACCCCAGACCAUCAAAUCUAACUCCAGUAAUCCUUCUACACCGGAACACAUCAGCAUACAUGCUCUAGCUGAAGACCUCAGUAGCGCAUCAGUUUCACCUCAAGUAGACCUUUCAAUACCACCAGCCCCAAGCCAAGCUUUCAGCGAUGACCUUCCUGAGUCUAGUGCUCGUCGAAUGCUUGAGUUACGAUUACUUCAAACUUACAUAAUUCACACGUCGCCCACAUUCCCCAGUUGUCAUAACCCUGAAACAUUGAAUCUAUGGUCUGUGGUGGUCCCAAAACUCGCUUUCGCAUCUCCCAACCUUCUCUACGCCAUGUUUGCCAUCGCCUCUCUACAUCUUCACGUGCUCUCACCAAGCGAUAUGGAGAUACAACGAGCACGCCAACACUACCUUUCCUUAGCACUACGACAUCAUCAAAAAGGAGUCGCGAGCUUGAAUCCCAGCACUGCCGAUGCAGUAAUGUUUGCCUCGAUUUUAAUUCUUAACGACGCAUUUUCCAGUUUACAAGUUCGUUGCAUGAAACCAUACACACUACCUACGCAUUGGUUACAGAUGGCUCGAGGGACCGCCUCUGUAUUUGCCGUUGCACUAGGUCUAAUAAGACAUGACCCAAACGCCAAAGCAAUGGCACUCCUUCGCACCAAGCCCGCGCUCACCAAACCAGAAGAACGACUCAACCGCCCCGAAAUCCACCCUCUCUUCAACGCAAUCCUCACCUAUCCCUCCCCUCAUAUCUCUAUCUCUCCUCAAAAUUACUCUGAAAACGGGGGAUAUGAUCCCUCAAUUCCUCCUACGCAUCUAACAGCCUACUUGCAAACCCUCUCCUACCUCUCCUCCAUCCACCUCAACAUCAUGCAGCACGAACAUCCCAUGGCGACCGCUCGCCGCUUCACAGCCUUCGGGCUGCAAGUCCCGAAACUUUUUAUAGAUUUGGUAGAGGAGAGACAACCGCGUGCACUGGUAAUUUUCGCAUACUACUUUGCGAUGGCAACAUGUUUGGUAGAGGGUGGGGGCCCGAGUGAUAGUAUCACAUUGCAGAUGAAGAAUGGGGAGGAUUUGAACUUGGGAAAAACUUUUUGGUGGAUGGGAGCGAUGGUAAGGAGGGAGAUUGGUGGGAUUAGUGGAAUUUUACCGGGCGGCUGGGAGGGGUUGAUGAGUUGGCCGAGGAGAGUUGCGGGUUUAGAGUAG